AUGGACGAGAUCCUAGCCAUGCUCGGCGGGACCUCGCGCGACGAGCUCGCGGGGGUCAUGCGACUAGUGUCGAAGCAUGCCCUCGCCGCCGACGAUCCGUCCGGUCCGCUGGUCGUUACGUCCGCGUGCAGCGUGUGGUGCCACAAAGAUCUGGCGCUGAAGCCGGCCUACCGGAAGGCCGCCGUCAAGUCCUACAAGGCGGACGUACGCGCCGUCGACUUUGUGAAAAAGGUCAUAUAUUUGUGGCUUUCAAUUUCAAGUUUCAAUGCUGAUCCAUCUCUCUCCUGCAUGCAGCCGGAGGAUGCGAGGAAGGAGAUCAACAGGUGGGUCUCUAAGGCCACGAAGAAGCUCAUCACCAACGUCUUACCACGGGGCUCAGUGCACCGCGACACUAGGCUCGUGCUCACCAAUGCCAUCUACUUCAAGGGUAUGUGGGAGAACGCCUUCAGCAAGAGCCGCACAAAAGACCACACGUUCCACCGCGGCACCGCCUCGACAGCAGCACCGUUCAGGUGCCAUUCAUGGACGGAAACAGACGCCACAAGUACCUGGUCAUUGCUUAAGCUCCCCUGCAAGAAGGCGGCCAACAACGGCGCCACUUAUUCGAUGUGUGUCUUCCUCCGGACCGCGCGAGACGGGCUGCGUAGCCUUGCCGACGAGAUGGCGACCGGUGGGCCAAGCUUCCUGUUCGACCACCUGCCGACUCAGUCUAGGAGCGUGACCAAGCUCCGGCUACCCAAGUUCAAGUUGUCCUUCUUCUGCAGCAUGAAGAAAGUUCUGGAGAUGUUGGGGCUCCGGGCGGCGUUCAGCGGGGAGGCCGAUCUGUCUGACAUGGUGGACAAGGACUCGGCCGGAAACGACGUGCCGCUGCGGGUAGAGGAUGUGUUCCACAGGGCGGUUGUGGAAGUGAACGAGGAAGGCACCGAGGCGGCUGCAUUCACCGCCGUCAUGACCGUAUUAUAUUGUUGGACACCUCCGUCCGUGCCUGUUGAUUUUGUAGCAGACCAUCCUUUUGCCUUCUACAUAGUGGAGGAGGUGUCCCAUACGGUGGUCUUUGCUGGUCAUGUCCUUGACCCUUCUGAAACCGAGUGA